AUGGACGUCCAGGCACUGCGCAAGGACAUCGUGGCAAAAGAAGCACAGAUUUCGUCCUUGAAGACAGACCUCCUCAAGGUACAGCAGGCUGCAGCUGAGCAGACUAGAGAGCUUAAAUUCCAAGAAGAGUACAUUGUCAGACUGAAAAUGGCCCUUAAGGCACGAGCAUCUGAUUUGAAAGUGGAUGAACGUGUGUUAUUUGCCAUUCUAAACGGCUGCAAGGAAAGAAAGCAAAUAGCAAAUCUUGAGAUUGAAAAUCAGCAGCUUCGCGUCAAGAACGCUACGUGCAAGCAACUUAUAACUGAAAUUACUAAUGCCACUAAAAUUGCAAGGGAUGCGCUAGCAGAGAGGCAAGAGGAAGUGAAGCAUCUGAGAGCCCAGCUGCUGGAGAUGCACAGACAGAAAAAUAGCAAUGAACUUCUUUUAACAGAAAUCCGGCAACUAACCGAGAGAAAGGAUCACUUAGAGGACAAGGUUCACAAGCUACUGGAGGAGAAUGCUACCGCCGUGCAGUUGAAUAAUAGUUUACAAGCCGUUCAGAACGACUUCCUUGUCGAGCAUGGCCAACUGAGGGACAAGUAUGAAGAACUGCUUCGUUGGAAGGAAGAGCACGACUCCGCAUCUCUUUCUCUGAAAGCAAAGACUGCCUAUUCUGGUCCCGUGAGCACAGAAGGCGGUGACAAGAGCAUUCAAACAUCACCGCUGACGCCGGUUCCAGCAGACCACCAGGAUAUCAUAUCAAGCGCGCUCGAUGUGGAGCAAUUGGAUGCCAGUGGCAGUGGGGCACCGUCCUAUGGUGUCGGGCUAGACAAGAGCCAGACCAUCAGCAGCUUGGUUGAAAGAAUAGUGUUGAACACCGAUUUUGGCGAGGGCAGCAAGACUCUAGACGCCACCUGUCAAACGUGUAUAGGCCUAUAUAAGGAAAGAGAUAAAUUAAAAGCAGAGAUCAAUCGCUUAAAUGAUGAGCUCACAUGGAUCAAUGGGCAGAUCUUGGAAGAAAGGUCUAAGGUAGAUGAGCAAGCAGAGAAAAUCGGCGCUUUGGAGGCAGAAAACGCAAGCUUGAACGCUAAAUUUGGAAAUGAAAUUGAUUCCAUGACAGCCCUGUUGAAGGACAUGGCCCCCAAGUGUCAGAAAAUGAUAGACCUGAUUAUCGAGAUAUCCAAGAACGUCAUCAACUCUAACGAUGGCUGCACAGAUGAGCAGAAGAUAUUGAAAAUCUGCGACUUGAUCAUCUCUAGCGAGAUCCCAGAGGUGAUGAGCACAGAAUUGCAGUCAAUGUACGCCACUGCACGAGAGAAAGAUGGGAUUGACGUGAGAGAAACCCCAGCAAUCCUGCGCGUGCACGACAAUGACGAGAACAAUGGGGAUAGCUAUCAUACAGAUGAGCCGGGGUUGGUGCUGAGCAGCCCCACAGUCACUACAGAUAAGCCGGAGGGGCAGAUUCUGGACAAGGUCAACGCCUUGUUGGAACAAUCACUAACGUAUGACUAUAGCUUCGGGAGCUAUGCUGGGGACGCCGACUUAAUGAGCGUUGAUCAAAAGCUAAAGGAAUUACACAGAUUCCUUGACGUCCACAGCCUUCAUCUUAAUGGUUAG